AGUUAUCGCGUUAUCAGCGGUGCCGGUGCUGUCCCGGAAAUUUUGCGAUUCGUGUUCGGGAUGGUUCAUUUACUUUUCUUACCUCGAAGGAUAUAAUACUUUUUGCUUGCAAAGAACCGGACGAUAAGAUUAGAGGUGGCAGCGAAAUUUUUUUUUAAUGAUACAUCCUACGAUCACGGCCUUAUAAAGCCCGAAGUUUUAAUCAAGUAUAGUCUUUCAAUAAAUCUCGUCUCUGCGGGGACGAGGAAUCGACCUGCACGGCUCUUCAUCUUUAACUUUAAGGUACAAUGUUAACGAUGAGAUUCCUGUUAUCAUUUAUGCUUGUCCUAGCGGCUUGCUGGGCGAGCUAUCCUAGUUCCGAUGAUGUGGCUCCUCAACUUAUUGAAGAAGUUCUAGAUAACUAUAGACUGCCACUAGAUGUAAUGCCUAUGGAAUAUGAUAUCAAAUUGCAGCCGAUUUUCGAGUCACCCAAUCAAGAUAAUUUUACUUUUAAAGGAGAAUCUGUGAUCACUCUCAUGACUGUGAAUAAGACAAAUACCAUAGUUUUCCAUGCUAAGGAAAUUGAUAUCAACAGUAGUAUUAAAUUAACAUAUAAAAUUAAAGACGAAAUUAUAAUUUAUCCAAUUAAGUUAAAGAAAGAUAUAAAUAAGGACUUUGUGACGCUCAUUUUUAACGAGUCCAUUCCCGCAAACGUAAAUGCACAACUAUUUUUGUCCUAUACUGGAAAGCUAAAUGAUAAAUUACGUGGAUUCUACAGAAGUUCUUAUCAGAAUAAGGAAGGAAAAAAGAUAUGGCUCGCAACGACUCACUUUGAACCAGUGGGCGCGAGACAGGCCUUCCCAUGUUGGGACGAACCACAAUUCAAAGCACGUUUUACCAUUACUAUUACAGUUCCUCAAAAAAAUUACAUAGCGAUUUCAAAUAUGCCUGCAAAAACAACUGCAAAUUUAAAGACGACUUUCGAGAAGACACCAAUCAUGUCCACUUAUCUCGUAGCUUUUGUAGUUUCGGAUUUCACGGCUCUGAAUAAUAAAAAUUUUGGGGUUUGGGCGAAACCUACAGUAAAAGAAGACGCUAAAGAAUUUGCAUUCAUGUAUGGAUUAGAAACGUUACAGGUACUAAAAAAUUUUACCAACAUUGAUUAUUAUGGAAAGGAGCAAGGAAUGUUGAAGCUGGAUCAAAUUGCAAUACCAGAUUUCGGACCAGGUGCUAUGGAAAAUUGGGGUCUUGUAAUAUACAGAGAAUCUCGACUUCUCUAUGUAGAGAAUAAAACAACCACGGCAGAGAAACAAGCUUUAGCGACAAUAAUAGCUCACGAACUCUCUCAUCAGUGGUUUGGUAACUUAGUUACUUGCGCUUGGUGGAAUUACAUCUGGCUAAAUGAAGGGUUUGCUACAUUUUUCCAAUAUUAUGUUACCGAUAAAGUUAUUCCACAACUGUAUAAGGAUGAAGAGUCUUGGCGUCUUAAGGAACAAUUUGUUAUUAAAAAUGUGCAAGAAUCAGCAUUCGUUGUUGAUGCAAGUAGUAAAACUCGCGCAUUGAAUCCUGAAACUAAUAUACAAACUACUUCUCAAAUUAGAAGUGUGUUCAACGAUAUUACCUACAAAAAAGGUGCUUCUCUUCUUUAUAUGAUACAAGGAUUUUUAUCGGAAGAUGUUUUUCAAGAAGGACUUAGAAGAUAUCUAAAUAUUUACAAGGGCAAAUCCGUUGAUUCUGACGAUUUCUUCAAAUCUGUCCAAGAUUCCAGUAAGAAAGUGGAAGAAUGUUUGCCAAAAAGUAUUACACUUAAACAAGUUAUGGAUAAUUGGGUUAAUAAACCUGGAUAUCCUGUCAUUACCGUCACAUGGAAUACGAAAUUACGUGGUACUGUUAAUAUAACGCAGGAACGAUACUUUUGGGUGAAACCAGUGAAAAAAGAUAAAACUCAAUGGUAUAUACCCAUCAAUUAUGUAACGGAAGACUCGCCCAAUGAAGUGAUGCCUACGGACAAACAAUCUCGCUGGUUGAUACCCGGAACAAAUGCAUCAUUAGAAAUUAAACUAAACGAUACAAAAUGGAUACUUUUCAAUAAGAAUCAGACAGGUUUCUAUCGUGUAAAUUAUGACGAUUCAAAUUGGCAGAAGCUAGCGUCGUACUUAAAAUCGCCUUUUUAUCUUAAUAUAAGCGCAACCAACCGCGCCCAAUUGAUCGAUGAUGCAUUAAAUCUCGCGCGUACAGGACACUUGGCAUAUAAGACUGCAUUGCAGAUUACAUCGUAUCUAUCACAUGAGACUGAUUAUAUUCCAUGGUAUGCCGCUGCCAAAGCAUUCAAUUAUCUGGACAACGUAUUAAUAGGUGGAAAGAACUACACAGAAUAUCACAAAUAUGUCGCUGAAAAGAUAAAAUCUUUUGCACUGACAGUCAACUACAAAGAUUGGAGAAAUAGUACGCAUGUAGAUAAACUUGCCAAAGUAUUAGCAUUAGACACAGCUUGUAAAUACGGAUUGGAAGACUGCAAUAACUUUGCUAAUAAGAAGCUUGCAGAUUGGUUGGACAAUAAGAAGAAAGAAGAUGAGAAGAAACUCUUACCAGACUUGAGACGUGGAAUUCUUUGCGCCGGAUUGCGAAAUGCAAGCGCACAAAUAUGGAACGCGACUCUACAAAAGUAUAAAACCACUGAAGAUAAAGAUGAAAAGGCGGACAUUCUGGCCGGUUUUGGUUGCGCCACAUCUAAGGAAACUAUCCAGAAAUUCCUCGCGUUAACUCUCGAGAAAGAUUCCGACAUCGAUAUUUUUGCUGCGUUGAAUUCGAUAUGUGCGGGUAAUGCCGAAUCCUUCGACAUCCUUGUAGAAUUCAUCAACGAUAAUAUUGAAACAAUUCAUAAUGUAGAUGAAGAAGAUAACUCGUUACUGAGUGCUUUCCUUAAUAAUCUUUCCGACAGAGUCGUAACAACAAAGCAAUAUAUAGAGUUAACGCUACUCGUACAUGGGCAACUGCAAAACGUACAGAAGUUUGAAUUAUCCGCUGUGUUAAACAAACUUAUCUGGAUCAAUACCUACCGGGAUAAUGUUACGGAAUGGAUCUUCGAUACAACUCCCAUCAUGUCUACUUAUCUCGUAGCGUUUGUAGUGUCCGAUUAUGUACAUAUUCCUAACGCAGAUGGAACGCUCAAUAUAUGGUGCAGAUCAGCAUUGGCUCCGCACUCAAAACUUGUACAGGAGAUUGCUCAAAAGGCUACAGACAUAUUAACAGAAUAUACCAAUAUUACCGACAAAGUUCCAAAAAUGGAUCAUUUAGCAGUUCCGCAACUGACAGCUGGUGCCAUGGAAAAUUGGGGACUUAUUAUUUAUAACGAAAAAGACUUUGCGUACAAUGAAAAAAAAGAUACAAUGUUUCAUAAACAACGAGUAGCAGUGACAGUAGCACAUGAAAUAGCACAUCAAUGGUUUGGUAAUCUGGUUAGCCCGUCAUGGUGGUCUCACGUGUGGCUAAACGAGGGAUUUGCAACAUUUUUCGAAGAGUAUGUUCUCAAUGAGAUUUUCAAAGAUUGGCGUAUAAUGGACUUCUUCGUUGUUAAGGUUCAACAAGAAGCUCUUGAUACUGAUGUUGCUAAGAAAAUGAAACCUAUUGUAUUCGAAGUCAAAACUCGUGAAGAAAUUGAUUCACACUUUUCUUAUUCCAGUUACGGCAAAGCACCUGCUAUACUGCGCAUGUUACAGCAUAUUAUUACUGCUAAAGUAUUUCAGAAAGGUAUCAUCAAGUAUUUACACAAACAAAUGCUGACAUGCAAAAUUAUCUACAUUGUCUUUGCAUUCGUCGCAAUAGACGCCGCUGCCAUUCAAGACUCAAAUCUGAAUGAUAAGGAAAUAAAUUAUCGGCUACCUAAUCACACAAAACCUCUAUUCUAUGAUCUUAAGUUGAAUCCGCAUCUUACGUCAGACAACUUUACAUUUGAUGGCGAAGUACUCGUCUAUAUAGAAAUUUUGAACCAGACGAGAACUAUCACGCUGCAUACAAAGAAGCUGAUAAUAGAUGAAAACGUAUCUUUUCUGAAAACCAACACUGGAUUUGAUUUUUACGUUCCAACUACAUAUAACAGUAACAAUAUAACAGAACUUUUAACUCUUGGUUUUGACAAGGAACUAUCUAUUGGACAUUAUAUUUUAUAUCUGAAAUUUGCUGGUAUAUUGAAUGAUAGAUCAUAUGGAUUCUACCGAAGUUCUUAUGUUAAUGACACAAAACAUAUAGUAUGGUUUGCCGGGACAAAUUUCAUGGCAACUUACGCACGUGCUGCUUUUCCCUGUUGGGACGAGCCGGCAUUGAAGGCCUCUUUUAAGAUUGCCAUCAAACAUCAUCGUAAUUACACGGCUAUUUCGAACAUGCCGAUUUCCGAAGAAUCGGAAAUCGACGAGAGUGACGGAAAGAUAUGGACACAUUUUGAAGAAUCGCCCGUCAUAUCAACGUAUCUAGUCAGUUUCCUAAUCUUCGAUCUUCGUAAUAUAAGCAAUUCCGAUGGAACCAUCAACGUCUGGAGCAGAGGCAGUGUAAUUUCCUCAGCAAGUUUCGCCCACGAAGUCGCCCAGAAGGCGGCGAUCGAAUUGGAACGAUACACCAACAGUUCCGUUCGGUUGGCCAAAAUCGAUCAUGUUGCGCUUCCUGACAGAUAUGUUAUUGGAUACAAUAAGGACAUGGAAAGUUGGGGGCUUAUCACUUACAGGGAAGCUACAAUACUGUACAAUGAAGAGGGAAGUUCAACCGAUGAAUUGUAUAGAAUUGCAAAUAAUAUCAUUCAUCAAUCAAGUCAUCAAUGGUUUGGUAAUGUUGUUAGUCCUUCCUGGUGGACUUACAUAUGGAUGAAUGAAGGACUUGCGGAAUAUUUCAAAUACUACACUGCUGAUAAGAUUUAUAAAGAUUGGCGAGUUAUGGAUUUUUUAGUUAUGGAAACGCUAAAUUCAAUCCUAUUUUUGGACAGUUUAGAAUACACGCAACCUCUUAAUUUGGAGCCUAAUACUAUUGAAGAAAUUAAAUUAAAAUUUUCUCCAUUAAAAAAUCAAAAAGCUUCUCUGCUUUUACGAAUGCUUUCACAUUGUCUCUCUGAUGAUGUAUUCCACACAGGACUCAUCAGAUAUCUUAAUAAACACAAGUACGGCGCAGCUAAGCCUGAAGAUUUAUGGGCUGCUUUGCAAGAUGCAUUUGAUGAAUCAGCGAUAUCUCAAAACAAAUUCAAAAUUCAAGAAGUAAUGGAUACCUGGAUAGAACAGAAAGGAUAUCCUCUUAUUACAGUAAUCAGAGAUCAACAUACUGGAAAGAUAAAGAUUACACAGGAAUAUUUUCAACCGUAUGAAAAAAUAGGUGUACGUAAGAACCUCAUUAGAACAGAUAUUACGAAUAUAAAGUGGUGGGUACCAAUAAAUUUUGCAACUCGCACCAAUCCAAAUUUUUCAUCAACCUUAGCAACGUACUGGUUGUCGCCAAAAGCUGAAGAACUCGUAAUCGAUGGUGUCGACCCACAAGAUUGGAUUAUCGUAAAUGUUCAACAAACUGGUUUUUACCGUGUGAAUUAUGACACAAUAAAUUGGUUGAAAAUUGCUGAUUAUCUGAAUUCUGAGAAUUACACAAAAAUACAUGUACUGAAUCGCGCACGGAUAAUUAACGAUGCAAUUCACCUUAUGUUCACGGAUAAAUUAGAUCCUAGAAUUUUUAUGGACCUUACAAAAUACUUACGACGUGAAACGGAUUAUGUAGUAUGGUUCUCAUUGUUUAAAAUUUUGAGAGAUGCAACUAAGUAUUUUGCUUAUAAUGGAGGAGGUGAAUUGCUUAAGUCAUACAUUUUGGACUUGAUGAACAAUAUAGUAGAAACUGUAGGUACACAGGAUCGUCCAAAUGACGAUUACUUCACGAAAUUCACGAGAAAUGCAAUUCUUGAGGAUGCGUGCGUUUUUGAUCAUCCUGCAUGCUUAAAUAAAGUCUAUACUCAAUUAAUUGAUUAUUUAAAAAACUCAACGAUACUUUCAAAUAGAACUUCAUUUCAUACGAAAAGAUGGAUAUUUUGUAAUGGUAUAAAACAAGCGAAUGAAACUAUUUGGAACAAAUUGCUGUAUAUGUACACGAACAUGUCUGAACAAACAUUAUACUGUCUGGGACACUCUAGAAACCCGACCAUUAUCGAGAAAUUUUUAAAUAUGACUGUAUCUGAAGAUGCACCAAUCACAAAGAAUGAUAUUCAUCGUAUCAUUUAUUCCGUAUUAAAUGGAGGUUUUCCAAAUGUCGAUGUAGUCAUGGAUUUUAUAAUGAAUCACUGGGAUAAACUUACAACUAUCGUUGACCCAAUGGAUUUAGUAUAUGAUAUUAGUUGGAAUGUUGUAUCCAGGAAACAAAUCCAAAAGAUGAAAGCACUUUUAGAUAAGCUUGGAAUGGAAGUACCACAAAUUAUGAAACUUCAAGAGCAAAAUAUAGAUUUGAUAGAAACAAUAAUGAGGAUUUCGCGGGAAUAUUUGUUCCUUUGCACUCUAAUCACAUUAUUCUGCGGAAACGUAGCAAACAAUUCCCCUCUUCACGAUGGUACACUUAUGCGAAAUCUGGAUAUCUCACAAGAUGAAUCCAUCGACUAUAGAUUACCAACAAACGUUAAACCCCUUUCGUACGAUAUUAUAUUGAUUCCAGAUUUUAAUAACUUUACAUUUACGGGAACAACAAAAAUUGAUGCUGUAGUACAAAAUUCAACUAACACUAUUACGCUACAUGUGGGAAACAUCAAAAUUGAUAAAAUGUCUUUUCUGACAUUCGAGGAAUCUUCUAUCUCAUCUAAUUUUCCGACUUCGUAUGACGAUAUUACUGAAAAGUUCACUAUUACCCUUCCCCGUCUACUUCUAGUAAAUACGACUAUGACAAUUAAUUUUGCGUACAGUGGAAUCUUAUCCGACAACAUGAUCGGAUUUUAUAAGAGUUCUUAUUUCGACGAAAAUGGAGAGCUUAGAUGGCUAGCUGCAACACAAUUUGAAGCGACAUACGCGAGACAUGCCUUCCCAUGCUUCGACGAGCCGAGUUUUAAGGCAAACUUCACGAUAAGAAUAGCAAGAGACGACAAUUAUAAGACUAUCUCUAAUAUGCCAUUGGAAAGUUCUGAAAUAUUAGUACCUGGUGGCAAAACCUGGGAUGUCUUCAAACAAAGCAGCUUAAUGUCUACGUACUUAGUGGCCUUUGUGAUUGCGGAAUUCGAUCCAAUUGAAAAAGUUACAGAUUCAUUUAAAUUUAGUGUAUGGUCCAAACCAUCCACCAUCGAUCAGACUACUUAUGCAUUAAAAAUCGGUACUGAAGCCCUCGAUUUAUUUAGUAAAAAGUUUAAUCAAAAUUAUACAUUUCCUAAAAUGGACAUGGUGGCCAUUCCUGACUUUGAUGCCGGAGCUAUGGAAAAUUGGGGAUUGGUGACAUAUCGCGAGAGCCGAAUGCUGUACGAUGAGAAAGAAUCAUCGGCGUUAGCUCAACAGGAUGUGGCUUCCGUGGUCGCUCACGAACUCACGCAUAUGUGGUUCGGAAAUUUAGUAACACCACAAUGGUGGAGCUACCUUUGGCUUAGCGAAGCGUUUGCCUCAUACUUUGAAUACUUCGGUACUGCACUGCUCGAGAAUACAUGGAACAUGACGGAACAAUUCGUGAUAGACCAACAUCAACCUGCAUUAAUAGCAGAUGGUCUUGAAUCUUCUCUUCCGAUGACUCGGGACGUUUUCAGUACAUCGCAAAUCGAAGGAACGGGAGAUACUAUUACCUAUUUCAAAGGAGCCAGUAUUCUACGUAUGAUGAGCCACAUAUUUGGAAAUGAAAUUUUCGAAGAAGCAUUGCGCAGCUAUAUAAAAAACAACAAAGAGAAAGGAUUGGGCCAUCCAGACACUUUAUGGGAAGCAGUAAAUUCAAAUCUCCAUAUUAAUGUAAAAACAAUAAUGGAUUCUUGGACUACAAAAGCCGGAUACCCUGUUGUAACAAUCGCUAUUAAUGACGACGGUAUCAUGAAUAUUACUCAAGAACGCUUUCUUCUGAGAAAUUUGAAUGAAACUUCUACGGAUACUACUUGGUAUGUCCCAAUCACGUUUACUACACAAACAGACCCAAAUUUCAAUAACACGAUUCCAAAAUAUUUCGUAUCUACCAAAAGAACCACCGCUUACUACGAAAUUAAUCCAAACGACUGGAUUAUAUUCAACGUACAAUCAUCAGGUUUUUAUCGUGUAAAUUAUGACAGCCGUGAGUGGCAAAAAAUUUUCAAUGUAUUGAAAGACGGCAAUCUGAAUGAUAUUCAUGUAUUAAAUAGAGCCGGCAUUGUAGACGAUCUAUUAAAUCUGGGUAGAGCAAAAUAUCUAAAUUAUGAUACGGUUUUCGAAGGAUUGAGUUAUCUUAAAAGGGAAACUAAUUAUCUGCCUUUUAAAGCAGCAUUUAAUGGUUUCGAAUACCUAAAUAGGCAAUUUACAGGACACAAACUUCAACCCUUUUUCAAGACCUAUAUUUUGUCUCUUAUCGAUGACAUAAACGCUCAACUAGGAUAUGAGGAUAAGGAAUAUGAUGAUAGAUUAACAGUUUUGUUACGACAAGAGGUGAAUAAUUGGCUCUGUAAGCUUGACAAUGACAAAUGUAUAAACAAUUAUGCAGACAAAUACAAAAAAUGGAAAGAAAAUGCUACUGCUCGUAUCAAACCGAACGAAAGGCCCACAGCGUACUACGUAGCCAUAAGACACGGAACUUUUGAAGACUGGGAUUUUUUGUGGAAUGAGUAUGUUCAUUCCAAUUAUGCGACCGACAAAAUGGUGAUCUUAAAGGCUUUGGGAUACAGUCAGAAUACCACCAUCUUGGAAAAAUAUCUGAACUCUGCCAUUAGCAAUUAUAAUACCGGCCAAAUUCGCAAACAGGACAGUACAAGCGUCUUUGCAGCCGUUUAUAACUCUGGCCACCUUGGUGCAGAAUAUGUUCUUGACUUUGUUGAAAAAUAUCACCAACAGAUGGAAGAAUACUACGGAGGACAGAGUACAAUAGCCGCAAUUCUCAAUGGAGCAUCGCAGCAUUUCUCUACCGAAAAUUUAGUGAACAAAUUUGAAAAAUUCAUAAACGCUAGCAAAACAAGCUUUACGUCGAUUCAAAAAUCUCUGGAGUACUCCUUAAAAGUCGCUAAAUAUGAAUUAGACUGGUAUAACUCCUAUUCGGCAUCUUUAACUCCAUGGUUGCAAGAAUACAACUUAACAUUUCGCCUACCCAACAAUAUAAGUCCUAAACAUUACUUCAUUUCCCUUACGCCUCGUCUUAGUGGGAAUUUUACUUUCGAUGGAAAAGUGACGAUCAAAGCCGACAUUAUGCAACCAACAAAUCAGAUUAUUUUACACUCGUCGGAAAUUGAAAUACUUCCUUCCGAAGUAAUCGUGAAAGCCAAUGGAACAGAAGUACCAAAAUUAAACGAAAAAUUCUUAAAUCAAUAUGAAUUCUACAUUAUAUAUCUCACAGAAUAUCUAACUACUGGAACGAAAUUGGACAUCAAAAUCAAAUACACAGGUCAUUUGAAUGCUGAGCUUCGUGGCUUUUACAAAAGUUCUUACGCGAAUGAAACAGGAACUAGAUGGCUUGCAGCCUCGCACAUGGAACCCGUUAGCGCCAGAAAAAUGUUCCCUUGUUUUGAUGAACCAGCAAUGAAAGCGAAAUUCACUAUUCAAGUUACCGUAGAAAAUGGUUACACACCUAUCAGCAAUACGGCGCAACACGUGCAAAGGAUAAUCGAUGGUGGUGCAUCAUAUACCUUCUUCGAAUCAGUACCGAUGUCGACAUAUUUAGUGGCAGUUCUCGUUUCCGAUUUCAAGUUUAAAUCUAACCAAACUAAUGAAAUUGAAUUAGCUGUAUACGCACGUCCCAACGCUAUUAAUCAAACCGACUACGCUCUAUCUGUAAUGUCUCAAUUGAUGUACUUCUACGAAACAAUAUACAAAUUGCCAAAAUAUCCAUUUCCAAAACUCUCUAUGGCUGCGCUGCCCGAUUUCGGAGCAGGCGCAAUGGAGAAUUGGGGCCUUUUAACAUACAGGGAAACGAGUAUGUUAUAUGACGAGAAUCACUCGCCGAUUACAAACAAACAAGAUAUCAGAAACGUGAUUGCUCAUGAAAUCUCCCAUCAAUGGUUCGGAAAUUUGGUCAGUCCUCUGUGGUGGAAGUAUGUGUGGUUGAAUGAGGGAUUUGCUAGAUACUUCGAAUAUCACGCUCCCGCUCGUGCGUUUAAUGAUACGACGUUGGAAUCGCAAUUUGUGGUUGACCAAGUACAUUCUGCUUUCAAAGCAGACAGUUCUUCCUCUACACAUCCCAUGAGUCACGAUGUAUCAACUAAUCGUGAAAUUCAAAGUAUAUUUGACACAAUCACUUAUAAUAAAGGUGGUAGCAUAUUGAGAAUGGUCGAAAAAACAUAUGGAACCGACGUGUUCAACAAUGCAUUAAUUGACUAUCUUAACAAACGAAAAUAUGACUUUUCCAUACCGGACCACUUGUAUGAAUCACUUCAACUAAAAGUAGGUAAGAAAGGUUUAAAAGAUGAUGUCAAAGUUAUCUUAGACACGUGGACAACUCAACCUGGCUAUCCCAUCGUUGAUGUCUUUAUUUCAACAAAGUCAAUAUCUUUGAAACAAAAACGGUUCUUCCCUAAAAAACAUGAGAAUACUAUUGAUGAUACUACAUGGCACAUCCCAAUUACAUGGGCAGUAGUUCAGAAUACUUCAGAGUAUUUUAAUACCACGCCGAAAUUUUGGUUGACAACAAAACGGACAAUAAUAAAAAAACCUAGAGACUUAUCACCAGAAUCACUUUUAAUAUUCAACAAUCAGCAAUCAGGUUAUUAUCGUGUAAAUUAUAACAAACAACAUUGGAUGAAGCUGAUUGAUUAUCUUAAAAACCAGGACAUUCAAACAAUUCACGAAAUCAAUCGCGCAGCAUUAAUUGAUGAUCUUAUGAACCUUGCAAAAGCAGACUAUAUUGAUUAUGAAACUGUUAUAUCUGCUACAAUGUAUUUGAAAAGAGAAAAUAAUUAUUUCCCCUGGCGAGCGUUCUUCAAUAAUCUGCCUUACUUAAACAAUCGUUUUGUAGGACGCGAUAAUGAAGACAUAUAUAAAAAAUGGUUAACAUCGUUAAUAGAACAACUUUACGCACGAAUUGGCUUUGAAGAUUACAUUAGCGAUGACGAUCUUACUAAGAUAUUAAGAAUACACACUCGCAAAUGGGCUUGUAAAUUAGAUAUAGCUGAUUGUAAAUUCUCAGCUGCAAAAUAUUUCGAACAGAAACAACGUUCAGAAACAUUGUUACUGGAGGCAGCCACGGAGGAUUCACAAAUACGAUAUCAAGAUAGUGCAAAAGUAUUCUCAAGCGUUUACGAUGCGAGUUUAGUUGGCGUUGAAGUUGUCAUGGAAGUAAUUAAAACGCAUUACGAUGAUAUACUGCACCGAAAUUUUAAUGAUUCUACCAAAAUCGCAAAUAUAGUGAACGCUUUGGCAAGCAGAUUAUCUACUUAUGAUCUCUAUAAUCAGUACCAAAAAUUACUCGACUGGCUGGUUCAAAAAGAACCAGAAUUCAAGAACUCCGUCACUUCCUAUUUGGCAACGGCGAAAAAUGAAUUUGAUUGGUAUGAAAGAAAAGUUCCAGGAAUUUUUAAAGCAUUGGACAAUCUAUUUCCCAGCAAUACAUACCGCUUACCAAAAACGCUCAAUCCAAACCUGUAUAAUAUAUCUCUCACACCUUACAUAAAAAAGGGUACCUUCACAGGGAAAGUGAAAAUACACAUGACAGUUCUGGAAAAUACUACUUUGAUAGCUCUCAAUGCUCACAAACUCAACAUCUUAAGUGUCAAAGUCUUCAAAAAUGACUUAGAAAUAAAUGUGCAAAAUUAUACGACAAAACAUAUCCCACAACAACUAAGAAUAUAUUUAUCCAGCUACAUACAUACAAAUGAAAAGAUAAUAGCGGAAAUCGAAUUUAAUGGAACUCUUAACGAUGAAAUGACUGGAUUUUAUCGUAGUUCGUAUGUCGAUAGUACCGGAGUGCAACAUUGGCUAGCUACAACACACUUUGAGCCUACGUAUGCUAGACAAGCUUUCCCCUGUUUCGACGAACCAGCGUUUAAAUCAAAUUUCUCAAUUAACAUUCAAAGGCUAAAUAAUUACAUCUCGCUAAGUAAUAUGCCACUUUCAACAAAAACUAAAGAUCCAAAGAACGAUAAUUAUAUGUGGGACACAUUCGCCACUACCAAUGUCAGUAUGUCAACAUAUUUGGUUGCAUUUGUUGUCUCCAAAUUUAAAUCAGCGGUUGAGCCUGAAAACGUAACUUUCAACGUAUGGGGUAGACCGGAAGUCGCGGCAUAUGGCAAAUACGCUCAAAAUAUCAGCAUAGCAGUUAUUAACGUAUUGCAGAAUAUUACGGACAUUGAUUAUGCUUUACCGAAGCUGGACUUAAUAGGAAUUCCAGAUUUCUCUAUGGGCGCAAUGGAAAACUGGGGCCUUGCUACUUUCCGCGAAUAUGGACUUUUUUAUGACGAAAAAGAAACUACAGCUACAUAUGAAAGAUAUAUAAUUACCGUAAUAGCGCACGAACUUACUCAUAUGUGGUUUGGAGAUCUCGUCACUUGCGACUGGUGGGAUUAUAUUUGGCUUAACGAAGGUUUCGCGGAAUACUUCGAGUCGUUUACAUCUGAUCGAAUAUUCCCAGACUACAAAUUCAUGGAUCAAUUCGUGGUUUACGAGAUGCAUUCUGCUCUGUCACAAGAUGCUUCGAUUUCAACACAUCCAAUGACAAAUCCUGUUGAAGCACCGGACGAAAUAGCUGGUAUUUUUGACUACGUCACUUACGAAAAAUCCGCUAGUGUUUUACGAAUGAUGUUUAACGCAUUCGGCGAAGAAGCUCAGAUGUUGGCACUCCGUAAUUAUUUAACGAAACGAAAGUAUCUUACAGCACGUCCUACAGAUUUAUGGGAAAGUUUCGAGCCAUUUGUAUCGAUAUCAAUUGACAAUAGAAAGGCAAGUAUUGAGGAAGUCAUGAAUACUUGGACAAAUCAACCAGGAUAUCCCGUUGUAAAUGCUACGUUAACUAACGAAAUAGUAACGUUUACUCAGGAACGAUUCUUGAUAGACAGAAAUACCUCUGGCAAUGAAUUUUAUUGGAUACCAAUUGAUUUAUUCGUUUCAUCCAACCUUGAACCCAUGAACAUGAAAACGUAUGCUGAUGUAUCUUUAGAAAACAAAACAUGGCUAGGACCAGAACCUCGACAACUAUUUAUUAAUUCUGUUAACGACUGGUUUAUCGUGAAUUACAAACAAACUGGCUUUUAUCGUGUUAAUUAUGACAUCUCCUCAUGGCAUACGUUAAUUAACAAGCUAAAUAGUGAAAGUUUCGAAGAUAUUCAUGUCUUAAACCGUGCACAAAUUAUAGAUGAUCUCUUUAACUUGGCUCGCGCUAAUUACGUGGAGUACAAUCUACUGAUAAAAGCAUUGGCAUAUUUGGAAAACGAGACGAAUCACUUACCCUGGAAAGCAUUUUUCAACGGCCUAUCAUAUAUCUAUAGAAGAUUCGAACUGUCGGAGAAUCUAAAUCAGGAAAAGAAUUUCCAGGAGGAUCUAAAUAAAUACGUUUUGAAAUUAUUGUCUAAAACGUACGAUAAUGUAGGAUUCAGUGAUCGCGAUGAUGAUAAUUAUUUAAAUAGGUUACAUCGGGAAAUGAUUCUUCAAUGGGCUUGCAAAUUAAAUAAAGCAGAAUGUAUACAAAAAUCUACAGACUUAUUUGCGACUUGGCGUAAUAGUUCCGAACGAAUUUCACGUGAUGCACGACCAGCUGUUUAUUGCACCGCAAUAAAAAAAGGAAGUACAGAUGAUUGGGAAUUCCUGUGGACUCAAUAUCUACACGCGAAUCUUCAAACAGAGAAAAAGAUCAUUAUAAAUGCACUCGGAUGCUCGACAAAUAAGACGGUGCUCCAAAAUUACUUAGGAAAAGCCAUUGAAAAAUAUGAUGCUGCAAAUGCCGCCAUUCGUCGACAAGAUGUUUCAGCAGUGUUUACUUCCGUGUACAGCGCAGGUCCAAUAGGAGUAAAUGUUACCAUUGACUUUUUAACAAAAAAUAUCAAAAAAUUGCAUCAAUAUUUUGGAAAGUGGGACAAUAUCGCAGAUAUAUUUAUUAAUGUGGCAUCGUAUGCAUCGAACGACGAUCAAUAUAAUCAGAUGGUAUACUUUAUUGAACACAAUAUACAUCGGUAUCCUCCGAACAUCAGAUCGAGAUUAGUUUCUGCUCUUAAUAUUGUGGAAACUAACUUAUUCUGGUUCCAAAAUAACAGUGACAAAAUUAGGGAAUUAAUAAUUGAUUCGGAAUCUGGAAAUAACCCUGAUAGUUCUACCAGGUUAGAAUCACUGAAUGUCGUUCUUAUGACUGAUAAUGCCUGCAAAAGCAGAUCCUUCUCCGAUCCAACGUUGGCUGCUAGAUACCGUUGCCAAGCGAAUUUCCACUCGCUUUGUCCACCCACCCGAAUGGCCGUGCAAUAAACCACACUCUUCAAGAUGAAUCAAACAACUCAGAACUGCGAUCAUGUGCAUUGA